AAACAAAACGGGAAUCACCGCCACCGCAGAAAAGGAGGUCCGUCGCACAUUUCAAUACAUCGCCAAACGCCGCCGAGUGGAGUCCGGUCUUUACGCACGUUUUUCCCCCGUUUCAGUCUUCAGUCGCGGUUCGGUUCGGUUCCAGUGCAUUUUUCGGUAGUUUUCGGACGGUUGUGAGAGCCUUUGUUCCCCCCUCGUAUAGAAGAAACAAAAAAGGGAUUCGGCAAGUUUUGUGAAAAGUGUGCUUGAGUGAAGUGCAAGUUUACGAGCACAACUUCCGUUGCGAUCAAGUGCGUGAGGAUAAGAAGGUUUACUUAGUGGAUAGUGACGAUCGAGAGAGGUGAAUCCUAGUAGUCGGGGUUUCCUUUGUACAGAGUGUUGUUUAGCAGCCCCAAUCCAAGGCGGCGCGCAAAAGAUAAUAAAUACAACCGCUAGUGGCAAUAGGAGCUACUGCCCCCGUUAGGGUGGUCCACGAUGGCCACACUAAUUCCCACGUCUCAACCCACCGGGGUUGAGGCGUACGAGGACAUGUUCAAGGAGAUCACCCGUAAGCUGUACGGGGACGAAUCCGGCCAUGGCCUCUACCCACACAACACCCAAGUAGCCCAAGUGGCUCAACUAGCUUCGGGUGCCCCAGCGGCCCCCGAAGGAGGCGAACGGUCCUUCACCACACUGGUAUCGGACCGCAACAUUGCGCAAAUCGAUUACGAAACCACCACCGUCCAGAUCCAGCAACAACAGCAGCAAGGCGGUGGCGCUCAACAACAGCAAUCCGGAGGGACCUUCAAAUCCGAAGAGCAUCUCACGACGGCAUUCGGCUUGGCCGCGCUCAUGCAGAACGGAUUCCCGCCACCGGGUGCCAUCCUGAAUCCGGUCAACUUCCCGGUCGGCACCACGCUGAAACCAAGCACAAGUGAGUUUGAGAUAGACAUUGCCAUCGCUACGGCGGACGAUCGCUGGCAGCAACAAACCCAGCAGACCCAACCUCAAGACCAACAGCAGCAAUCUGUCGGUCAGGAUCACACGUGGACGCCUAACGGCAAACAGUCCUCGUCGUCCUCCUACUCACAGAAGGCAUUCAAGAAACCCAAGAUCGAACCUCAAGAUGGUUCCCCAACUGGAACCAUUGGCACCGUCAGUACCCUUAACAUUCCCCAAACCGGAAGCGACAAGAACAAGGCCAACUUUGGCUCGGCCGCUGUCGGUGCGGCCACCGGAAAACGCUACAGCUGCACCUCCUGUCCGUACACGACGGACCGGCGAGAUCUGUUCACCCGCCACGAAAACAUCCACAAGGAGGAAAAGCCAUUCCACUGCUAUGCUUGCCUGAAGCAGUUCAAUCGGGCAGACCACGUCAAGAAGCAUUUCCUCCGGAUGCACCGGGACAUGGAAUACGAAAUCGCCAAAACCCGGAAAUCGGUCAACGCCAAGAACAACUACUACAACAACAACACUUCGGCCAGCAGUUCUGGCAAUAACGCUACGGUCUCCACGACCGUUACCCAAUCCUUGGCGCCCCAGCCCACCACAAUCAUCCAGACCAGCAACAACACCCUUAACAUUCCCACAGCAACGUUCCCAACGCAAAUUACCAUUCCUACCCAUCACGGUAACGCCAUCGAGCACACCGUAAGCCACGACAUUGCCACCCUCAACGGCGUUGUCCACCAUGUCCAGCAACAGCAGCAACAACAGCACCAACACCAACAACAGCAGCAAUCGGCACCGCCCCCUCACCAGCCGACGCAGAUCGUCCUCGGCCCCCCGAUCGUGACCAUCAAGCAGGAGAAGGGAGGGGCCAUCACUACCACGACGACAACCGCCACGGCUGCGGCCGUUGCCGCAGCUACCGCCAUCGUCAACAAUAGUGCUCAACAACAGCGGGGGGAUAUCGUCGCCACCGUUGGGCCCGAGGAGCUGCUCCCCAACGACGACAAAUCGCUCGUCAAGAAGCUGAAGGGCGAGAAACGGUUCACCUGUUGCUACUGUCCGUGGUCCGGUGCCGACAACUGGGGUCUCAAGCGCCACCUGAACACCCAUACGAAACCGUUCGUCUGCAUGCUGUGCGACUACAAGGCGGCCCGCUCCGAACGGUUGGCCACGCACGUCUUCAAGGUGCACAACAAGAAGGCCUGCAACAAGUGCAACUACUUUGCCGACGACGAAACCCAGCUCAACACCCAUCUGCUGGAGGCGCAUCCUCACGAUGCCAACAAGCCGCAACCGAAAACGACGACGGUUGUGAUCCAGGCCAGUGGCGGCAAUGGGGGUGUCGUUGUAACGCAAAAUCCCCCGACUGUGUUGACGGCGGUCGCAACCUCAUCCAUCCCCACCAGCACCGGAACGGGGAAUGUGCUACGGAAUCUAGGGAACACCUUCGUUACCAAUAACGUCCCCGGAAGCGUCAGUGGGAAUUCCUUCGGGACGACCACCAAUACCAACAUCUACCACACGAUCACGACCUCGGCGACAACGGGGAACAUCCUUACCAACAGCAACGCAUCGAACCUGAUCGACACGAUCAACGCCCAUCUCGCUCAGCAGACAGUGGCGAACAGCGCUGGUGGUGGUGGUGGUGGUGCAGGCGUCAGUACCGUUAUCAAUCCGGGAAACGGAAUAGGUGGAGGGGUAGCGCAGGUAGUCAUCACAAAUGGCCAGCAGCACCACCUCCACCAACAACAGCAGCAACAACCACAACAGCAACAACAGCAGCAGCAACAGCCGCAGCAAUCAACGCUCCAUCAAUCAUCACAAUCUCAAUCACAACCUCAGCAGCAACAGCAAACUACCCACCACUGGAUAGCAAAGGUCAACCGAAAGCGAGGAGCUGAGCUCCUCUACAGCUAUCUGGAGGCGGACGGAAGCGACUCGGAAGAUUAUGCCCGCUUACUCAACAUGCAAGCGAUAGGGCGCAACAAAGCUUCCGUCACGCAGGAUUUUCAUAAUGCGGGAGGCGGAAACCAGCACCACCAUUUCAGCAACAGCCACAGCAGUACUAACGGAACGAACAAGCUAUCGCUCCUGGUAGCGGCGUCCUCGUCGGCAUCCUGCUCACCAUCGGGAUCACCUUCGCCACCGUUGUCCCGUUUAUCACCGCCGACGAUGGUUCCGCUCUCUACCACUACUACCACUACUCAAGCUGGUGGCGGUGGCGCCAAAAUUCCCAUCGCCAAUGGGAUGGCCAUGGCCAACCUGACUGAGGAGCAUCUCUCGUUGCUCCAACUGUUGGCCACGGCCGCCGUUGCUCAACAGCAUCUUCAGCAACAGCAGCAGCAACUGCAACAGAAGAACGCGACAUCGACAUCGAUUAGCACUUCGCCUCCCGCGAAUCAUCCUCACCAACAACCGAACAACUAUAACCACCACCAGAAUAGUACAAACAGCAACGUGACCAGCGAUCCGGCAAACAAUAACGGUUCCAAGCAGCGCCGUCGCAAAAGUAGUUCCCGAAACGACAAGGAGAACCUGGUCCAGCGCCAUCCGACCGCCACCGUCGUCCCAGGCGGCAAGGUCAUCGAUCUGACCACCGGCAGCACCACCCACGGAACCACCAAUGGCCCCGCGGAAAACGGAAUUGAACGGAACAACAACGGUAGCAGCAACAAUAACAAUAGUAGCGUUAACAAUAAGAAUAUAAACGAAGCUAUUUUUGAUAGAGUGUAUAAGAAACCGUACAAUAUGUUUUUAACGAGUGCGUUCUGCAAGCCUUCGCCGAUCGAGAAGGACAGAGCGGCGCCCAAGGACGAAAACUUCUCCCUAUCGGAGUUCCUCCGCAAUCACAAGGAAGUCUCGAUCAGCACGCUGUCCGAUGUGCGCCCCGUUAAACCACGUGGCGUCGCUUUGGACGGUGGCCCUGUCGACGAAGACGACGUGAUCUUCAUCAAGGAGGAGAAACGACUCGGCCGCAAACAGCAGCAACCCCGGCGUAAUCUAGCGCUGGACACGGAACUGAAUGCCUCGCCGCUGAAUAUCAGUUACAAGCCACCAUCCGGCACGACCCCCGAUCGACCGCAAAUCGGCGACAUUCGGGACAAGCACAUGAUCCGUUUGAUCUCGCGGAAGCUCUGCUGUCGCAUCUGCCAGAACCAGCAGCGUUUGGAGCACAUGGACAACUGCCACUACCACAGCAAGACUUCGUUGAUCCUGCACAACCGCUGGCGCCAUGGCUCGUGGCCUCGAACGGAACACUGCAAACUGUGUCGCGCCAGUUUCGACCGGAAGUACAAGCUCGUCUUGCAUCUGCGGUUGCAGCACACCAGGCGCCGGCUGUCCCCGUUGGCGUUAAAGUCUAAAUCUAAGUCCAAGAAGGAUCCAUCCGGGCACAAACGAAAGGCUACAUCCGGCAAGAAGCAACAACGGAAGCGGAAAUCGAAGAGCCGAUCCGGUUCCAAACAUGGCACCGUCAAGCGACGCAAGUAGAUGAUGGUAGGUGUAAAGAGAUUUUGAACAUUAUUUUAAAUCGCGUGUACUAAAAGCGGACAGCUACUUGUAUUAUACCGUGGAACGAAUAAGCGUAAGCCGAAUCUCCUAGGACCGUGUAAUCUACGAAUAGAGAAGCAACAGGUGACACACACACACAUUUAGCAUUACUAUUGCCAUACACUUAUAGUUGUAGCCCAGAUAAAAAGAGAGAUUCGAUGUGUGUUUUCGCACAAAAUACUUCUUACUCUUAACCCUUGUGAAACCAUUUAAUUUUCCAUUUCCAACAAAAACCUCAAAAAACUGAAGCUCAAUCCAACUCCGACGAGAUAAAAGACAUACUCCUCCAGUUCGGCCAAGGCAAGGCGUGCAAUCUGUAUAUUCCUAGAUGUUCAUUUUUCGACUGACACCGUGUAUUAGCUUCACACACACACACAGGAAACGUACAAAAUGAGGAUAUUUAUUUCCGACACAACCAAAAUUACUCGAAACUUGCCAUUUAUCACUGAUAGCAGUUCAAAAAAAAAAAAAAGAACCAACAAAGUAUAUUAUUUUGUUAGAACGUGAUUGCACCACCAAUAUCCAUCGUUUCGUUCCGUUCGUUUUAAGUUGAAGGAAACGAAGAGAUUUGUUAAAAUUUAUUUUAAUACUCUAUACCUUUAUUUUACCAGUCACUAUCGGGUUUAUUUUAAAACAUCACAUUCAUGAUAAAGAUGUGAAACUCAAACAAAAAUUGAAAAUCAACGUGUCAUAACAGAUAUGUAACAGAGCAAAAAAGUCACAGCAGAGAAAAAUAUGAUUAUUAUUAUUAUUAUUAUUGCUAUUAUAUAUUAUAUUGUAACAACUGUAACAGAUCAAUGUGAAUUCUUAAUAAAAAGGUACAAUCAACCAAAUUGGUGAUUGGUAAAUUGUGGAAAAAAAAA